UGCUGAGUUCCAUUUAUAAUUCUAAGAAAAAAAAUACCGUGAACACAAAUUAUUUUCUAUUUAACGUAAAUGUGAUUUCUUCAGAAAUACCUCUUUGAUCACACAUAGAUUUUAUUUGGUGGCGAAUCGAUGUCACGAUGAAUCGAAUGGGGCGAAUCUACGACGUCGUUCGUCCGAACCUGCGAGUCCAGGGCAUCCUCGGAAGAUUCCUCGCUACAGGGUCGACGGAGCCUAAGGCUGAAGUCAUCGACAUAACCACUGCCGACGAGAAACCGGUGUACUCUUCAACGGACGAUCCGCAGUUCCAAGAGAGGCUUGCCAGGAAGCGGGACAAGUCUCGACUGAAUCCACAACACAGGAACAUCCUCAUGGGCCUGCGUCCUUUCGACACACCUAUGUCAUGGCAUCACCAUAAAGUGAAGUACAAGAGACGUAUAUUGGGUAGAUAUGGAUUAAAGGCCAGUGAUGAACCGGCAGGAUUUGCUUGGCCCACACAGGAUGAAAUUGAUGAUGCCAAAGAGUAUGAGAGAGUCACUUUCCCAUUAUCUCUUCAAGAAAGGUGGAAGCAGCUGGAGGAAAAAAAACAAGAACGAGCUGAAAUGAUUAAAGCAAGAGAUGAUGAGAUACAUGCAAAAAUGAUGAAGAUGGAAGAAUGGACAAAACAGUUGAAAGCUAAAAUCGCUAAGAAGGAAGAAGAGCUACAGGCUGCGAGAAAGCGCAAGCAACGUUUGGUGGAGGAAGUCAGGAGACACUUUGGCUUCAAAAUUUCACCUCACGAUGAAAGAUUCAAAGAGAUGUUACAGAAGAAAGAAAAGGAAGAGAAGAAGAAGAAGAAGGAAGCUAAGAAGCAGACGAGAAUGGAGAAAUUGGGUAUGAUCCCUAAAGAGGCCGAAAGUGAGGGUCAGGAAGAAGUAACCGAUUCAAGAAAAUCUGCAGAAUAAUAUUUUCAUUCAUGAAAAAUAAAAUGUAAAACUUUAAUUGUAGCUAAUAGAUUGAUAAUUUUUAACUCCUCUCAAUUAGUUUUAAAUCUUAGUUAAGUUUGAAUGUUUAUAGCAGACUAACAUAAACCCUGUAACUCUUUUCUUUAUAUUUUAUUUCAGCGUUUUCACAUGACGAGACAUCCCGAGAUUGAUUA